GUCAACGAUCAGAGAAUAAUAAUUCUAUAACUUAACAACUUCUUCUUUUGUAUGUUAGGAAAUAAUACAUUGAUAGGAUAAAGCUGGUGAUAAAAGAUGGCACAAGAAAAUAGAAGGAAAGUGUAUGUGGUUGGUGUUGGAAUGACAAAGUUUGAGAAGCCAUUUUCUAAGAAAUGGGAUUAUCCUGAUAUGGCUAGAGAAGCAGGUAAAGAAGCUCUAUCUGAUGCAGGCUUACAAUAUUCUGACAUCCAGUCAGCUGUAGUUAGUUAUUGUUAUGGGGAACCUACCAGUGGACAGAGAGCUAUCUAUGAGCUAGGGUUGACUGGAGUACCUGUAUAUAAUGUCAAUAAUAACUGUUCUUCUGGCUCCUCAGCUUUAAUGUUAGCUAGACGACUGAUACAGAGUGGGGUAGAAGACUGUGUUAUGGCUCUUGGGUUUGAAAAAAUGGAACAGGGACUGUCAGAAAAGUACACUGAUAAAACAUCACCAGUUAAACGUCAUUUUGAUCACAUGACUGCUCUAGGUGCGGAGCCUGGGAUUAUUAAAGAGAAUAUGAACAAUAUGACUUCAGAUGUCAUCAAAUUAUUUGUUUAUGCUGGUCGAGAGUACCUCAAAAAGUAUCCCCAUGCAAAAUAUGAGGACUUCGUUGAAGUGGCAUACAAAAAUCGUAAACAAGGGCUGAACAAUCCUAAAGCUUCCUUACAAAGACUUCCUGAUAGAGACACAAUAAGUAAAAAGGGCAUGCUCUCUUUCCCAGUUACAUUUUGGAUGUCAGCUCCCACUGCUGAUGGUAGCGCAGCUGCGAUUGUGUGCUCAGAAGAAUUCGUUAGAAAACAUGGCCUGGAAGGGAAUGCAGUUGAAAUUAUUGCUCAGAACAUGGUAACAGAUUUGCCCUCUUCAUUUGAUAAAAGUUUUAUGGACCUCUCUGGCUUCAAUAUGGCCAAACUUGCUGCAGACAAAUGUUACAAGGAAGCCAAUAUAUUGCCUUCAGAUAUUGAUGUGGCAGAGGUUCACGAUUGUUUCUCAUUAAAUGAGUUGUUUAUGUACGAGGCUCUACAGUUCUGUGGUGAAGGGCGUGGAUGUGACUUAAUUCGUCAGUCGGCUUGGAAGAAAAAUAAAAAUGGUGGAGAAGUUUGUUGGAUGGGAAAGCGUGUGGUUAAUCCUUCAGGUGGAUUAGAGUCCAAAGGUCAUCCUAUUGGUGCCACAGGUAGUUUAGCACAAUGUUAUGAGUUGGUGAAUCAGUUGAGAGGUAAAUCUGGUAAAAGACAAGUUGAUGAAGCUAAAACGGCAUUACAACAUAAUUUUGGUAUAGGUGGAGCUGCUGUUGUUACUAUUUAUAGACAAUUUCAACCAAAUUACCCACAAGCACGAAUGUGA